AAUAUGAUUUCAUUGCAAGUGUAAAACCGAUAAAUAUUUUUUAUUUACCGCUAACAUAUUUAUGUAUAUUUGUUCUUAUUGUUCUUGUUUAAGUGAAUCAUUUACUUUGUCUACAUGUCUGGUUUUCCGUCGUCGUAUUCACCAAAAUCAUCGCCUCGAGGUGCCAGGUCACCCGUCGUUUCCAGACAGGAUUCUACGGGCACCCUCAAGACGACUAUAUCAUUGGGCAAGAAUCCAUCGAUUGUGCAUAGUGGACCAUUUUAUCUUAUGAAAGAACCACCAUGUGAAAGUGAAUUGACCGGGUCUGUUAAUUUAAUGGCCUAUUAUGGCCUAGAACACACAUAUAGUAAAUUUAGUGGUAAAAGACUUAAAGAAAGCUUAUCAUCAUUUUUACCUAAUUUACCUGGUAUUAUUGACACCCCUGGACAUAAUGAUCAAAGUUCAUUACGUUCUGUCAUUGAAAAACCUCCAAUUGGAGGAAAGGAAAUUUUGCCAUUAACAACUCAUCAACUAGCUGGAUUUCGAUUACAUCCAGGACCAUUGCCAGAACAGUAUCGUUAUGCAAAUCAACCGCCUACAAAGAAACAUAAAAACAAACACAAAAAAAGUAAAUACAAAAGUGGUGAAGCCCUUUCUCAAGACAUGGCAGCUAAUGAACUAGGAUUAGGUGAUAUUCAUGAAAAGAAGCAUAAAAAACAAAAACGCCACGACGACGAUAAAGAACGGAAAAAACGGAAAAAGGAGAAAAAAAAGAAAAAACAAAAGCACAGUCCAGAACAUCCAGGAAAUAUAACUCCUGGUCAACACUCGAACUGAUUGAAAA